AUGCAGUCGCAAGACAACCCCAUUGCCCAGGACAAUCCAGGAGCAGACACUGGACCUGCUCCGGAGGAAAUCAUCUUCGCUCCACUAGCAACACAUGACCCGAUGCCCGAGGAACUCGACUACACCGAGGAGAUCGUAGAGGACCUGGUCGUCAACGUCGACGAACAACCCCCGACCACAGAGGAGCUCAUCCCGGAAGAAGAACUUCUACGCCCGGACGCCGAGCCGGUGGACGUCUCCACCACACAGACACCGGUCGCCCCACUCGUCGUGCAAGCAGCGGACAACGACCCGAUGGCAGCGGAGCCGACGGUGAAAUUCAUUCCACCACAUCCGUGGUACGAGUACUAUUCGCACGGGACAUCAGUCGCGGCCCUCAAAGACGACUACACCGACAACCCGCAGAAGCUGAUGAGCGACGUCGAAGCCAAUUUCUCGACAGAGGACGCCGCCCGAUUUAUUGGUGAGGUGGUCGACAACGGAGAGCUGGAACGGGACGACGGCGUCGCAGCGUUGAUGAAAGGCGAGCCCAUGGAGAUCGGAACUCUUCCUCCAGGCCCCGGUGUACCCUACCGCAUCAUUCACGCCGUCGGGACCUCGCACACGGCAGCCGCGAUCUUCUACGAGACGUUCACCGACCGCCCGGACGUCCGCAACGUCAAGAUCACGGCCCGCUCCAGAUGCCCACUCCAGCCAAACGGAGACAUCGGCUCACCCAAACUGCUACUCGAAGGAGACAUCGUCUGGAUCACGGCCCUCUACCGGAACACCCGCUUCGAGGAGGAGCCGCAAACGGUCCAGUGGUCCAACACGGCUGACGCGAACGCAACAACGCCUUACACGGUUAAGUCCUUCAUUCUGCUACCAAGACUCAGAGUUCGCGACGUGUUGUGCCACCCGACGGCAAAGACCACUACGACGCUGCAUUGCAUCGCUCAAGGAAUCUUCUCGGAGAUAAAAGUACCCGCGGCUGAGUUCCCGAAGCCAGUGUCCAUGCGACCCAUGAUCGCCGACGUCAUCUCGCCAGUGAAGACAAACAGCUUCCUCGGAUCACUCACCAUGAAGCUCCGCGCGAAGAAAAGCGUAUCGAAGAUCCCAGUACACGGACUCGCUCGCGGGACCCUACGAAACAUCCGCGACCUCCCGGCUGAAUCACAGAAAGUCACCCGAACCAUCCUCUCGGCGCUCAACGAUCCCGCUCCCAAAAACGAGGUCCUCCUCCGCCAGAUGGGAGCCCUGGCAACCCACGCCGUCCAGAUUCUCGUCAACGGCCCUGCGGACCUGCGCCCGUACACAACUCGGAUCAUCGACUCCAGACAGACCGGCCGAGGCACAAUCCAGCUCACAUUGGUUGCCAGAUUCUUCGGAACCGCUCCCGACAAGGUCGCUUGGGGACAAGCGAAAGAGGUAGACCUCACGAUGUCGGACAAGCUCGUCAUCCCCGCAACAUGCGGCAUCCCGAUUUUCAAUCACUCGGAGUCAAUGGAGCUGAAGGCGGUAGUCAAUCGAUUCAACAGCGACCGAUUCGGAACGAUCCUACUCCGGAGCGCGGACAACGUAAUCAUCAUGCAGCAACAAGCGGAGGAGCCGAGCCACAACCCGGUCGUCACGGUCCUAUUGGCCCAGGAACCAAUGAACCACGAGGACGACAACUUCGCCGUCAACAAAGCGCUCUUCGGUUCGGAGCCACUCGAGCUUUUUACGCCGGGAUCCCUCUCCAAACCCGACAACCUGACGGAGAGCCAGGCGAGGUACGUGAAUACCAUCUGCUUCUCAAAGACCAGAGGGCUCAUCGCCGAGUGCGGCUUCGGAGGCGGCAAGAGUACCACAAUGGUCAUCACGGCACGGACACUCCCCGGCGACGCUUGCCAGCUACUCCUCGCCACGUCAAAUGCAGCAAUCGUCAACCUCUGCCAGGUCGCCGACAAGCACGGAAUCUCCGGACUGGUGCGGAUCAUAACGGAGCGCCACAGAGACGAGCUCGACUUCAACCUCAUCACCAAAGCCGAUCUCCCAGUGCGUAUUGUCGAGGCAGUCAAACCUGGACGACGCGCCCCCCGGAUCCGAGUGGACUGA